AUGGCGACAGAGGCUCUUCAGCGCCAAAUAGCUGGCAAAUGGCACAACUCCUUCGCCCGUCUCAACCGAGACCGGGAGGGCAUCAUGGGCUUGCUUGGAUUCAGCGAGGCGUGGACACUUGCGACAGACUUCCUGCACCCGCGCGAUCUCAGUGAUCCCAGUGCAAACAAGGAAUGGGACAUGGCUGAAGUUAGGGUAGCAGUUGAGACCUUGAGCAGGUCCAAGAUGCUUCCCUUAUUGCUCGAGAAUUUCCUCGAGGACAUGCGCAAACAGCAGCAUCUCAUCGCCCGUGACGUACAACAAUUCAUGUGUCAAUAUGAGGGAACAGAGGAUAUUCGCCAUAUCGCGUGUCUGAUCUACCGCCUAAUAGAAUGGUACAGAGCAUGGGUGCCCAUAUCCGAACUAGGCCACACAAUCUUAUCCGCAUACACCCUUACUUUUCAGACCCACGUCUACUCUGCUCUCCCGCCCUCUUUCUCCCGCGGCUUUAAGCAGCUCGUCAACGCUACGUUUGAUCUUGCGCAGUCCUCCACUGCACCAGCUUGGCUGCCGCCGACGCCACCCGCGCUGCAGUCUCCAGUACCUCACCCACGACCCGACCUCUCGCUUUGGAAUGCGUUCGAACAGCUGGGCUUACUUGAUCGCCACGAAUCUCUCAUAUCGAGUGUGUGUUAUGAACACAUCGAAGCACACAUCCUGGAAACAUGUACAAGACGGUGGAGCGAGAGAAUGCUGCAGCCUCUCAGAGAAUGGAUGACCAACAAGAUUGUGCCGUGGAUGGUCAUGCCGUAUGCAAGAGGCGCAAGGUCAGCGGAGGAAGCGCGAUCAAUGCUACAGGGAGUCGGCUCGAGAUUUGAUUUUCACGUAUGCAAAACACUGAGCGACCUUCGCACGAAGGAAAUCUUCGACAUCAUCAUAGACUUUCCAGAUUCCCAGCCCGCCCUCGAAGACCUCAAAGAGUGUCUUCAACGUGUGGACCAGCGUUCGCAACUCGUGCAGACGCUGCGGAAAGCUAACAAGAAACGUCUCCUUCAUCCUGGCGCAGACACCAAGGACAUACUCAUGCAAUACGUCUCGAUCAUCCGCUGUCUUCGCCUGGUUGACCCUCCUGGCGUACUGUUGUUCAAGGUCGCGGAUCCUAUUCGCCGUUAUCUGAGAGGGCGACCCGAUACAAUCCGCUGCAUUGUUGCGAGUCUUGUCGGUGACGGCGAGAGCGGCGACUCCCUCGUGGAUGAAAAUGAACCGAUUCAACCGCUGCAGCAGAUGCAAGUCGAAGAUUAUACGGACCCUAGCUGGGAACCCGAGCCGAUCGAUGCAGGACCUGACUUCCGCGCGAACAAGCCGAGCGACGUCAUCAGCACGCUCGUCAGCAUUUACGAUUCAAAAGACUUGUUUGUGCGCGAGCUGCAGGUGCUGCUCGCCCAGCGGCUUCUCGCGAUCACGGAUGGAAAUUUCGACCGUGAGCGGCGGAAUAUCGAGAUUCUAAAGAUCCGGUUCGGCGAGGCCGCCCUGCAAGUGUGCGAGGUCAUGCUACGGGACAUGACCGAAUCCAAGCGGACAGACCAGCAUGUGCAGUCCCAGAAAAACAUGAUUCUCCAUCCGACCAUCAUCUCGCGACAUUUCUGGCCGCCAUUGCAGGCCGGCAAGUUCAUCAUGCCUGGACAGUUCAAGGAGAUCCAAGACAACUAUGCUCGAGAAUUCCAUGCGUUCAAGCAAGACAAGAAGCUGCGCUGGCUCCCUCACCUGGGUACAAUUCACCUUGAGAUUGAGCUCCAAGAUCGCACUAUUCCUGCCGAUGUCCCGCCCUUGGAGGCCGCAUUUAUCGAGCUGUUCUCCGAAAAGGAUACAUGGACGGUGGACGAACUGAUCGCCCGUGUGGGUACGGUGGAUAGGCCGGCGACCCUGAAGGCACUCACAACAUGGGUUGACAUGGGGGUCCUAAAGGAGGAAGUGCUGAAUCAGUACAAGCUGCUGGAGGUGGCUCAAGAUGAGGCUUCUGCAGCACUGCCCAGGCCAGCUCGGAUGAUAGAAGAAAUGCCGGCUACCUUGACAGUGGACCAGCAGCAAGCAGAGCAAAUGAGGGUCUUUUGGAAGUUCAUCGAAGGCAUGCUCACGAAUUUGGGAGCACUGCCUCUUGACCGGAUACAAACAAUGUUGAAAUUUGCACCGGCCUAUGAUCGGACUAUUGAGCAACUCGGGGCAUUCAUGGAAGCAGCAAGGCGGGAGGGAUUGGUAACUGUGACCAAUGGUAUGUGGAAGUUGAGCAGGAGCUGA